AUGGCAAAACGUAAAAGUCGACAAAGAAGAAAUAGUAUAUUGGAAAGAACAGCUGGCAAUGGUUAUUGGCAUAUGAAUGGUCAAAAUAUUCCUAUAAAAUAUAAUGGUGAAGUUUUUGGUCAUAAGACUUCUUUAAAGUAUUAUCACUACGAUAAAAAUAAAAAGAAAGUGCAAACCAAAUGGCUCAUGAAUGAAUACAGACUAAAGGCGUUGUCAGAUGACUUUGAAAAGUCUGCAGAGUUGGUGUUGUGCCGUAUUCAGAGGACAAGGACAGGGAGUGACGUAGAAGAGGAAUUUGUUUAUAAUUAUGAAAAUCAAUCAUCUGAUUUUUAUAAUAUUGCUAAUCAUCAAGCAACAUUGGCCGAUCAAGUUCAAGAUCCAGUUAAUUAUGAUGAUUGGGAGAGGCCAAGAUCAAAGAGGUUGAAGAGGGACAACAUUAAUAAUGGCACUCAAUAUGGCAACACAAAUUAUCAACAACAAGAAGAUUAUCAACAACAAUGGCUUGACACCGGAAGGGAGAACUCCACUGUUGCACCACCGUGCUAUGAUAUGAAACAUGCUUCUAAAGCAGGGAAUGAAAAAGGCAAUGCAUUUGGUGAUGAUUGGAUGGCAAUGAUAGAAGUACCAUCACCCAGUGUUUUGCUUCCUUUCCCUGAUGAUGUGUUUAAGCUUGAAGACUACAUGAUGAAUGCUUCCCUGAAUACAGCAGCAGCAACAUCAACCACAACAACAUGA